UUUAUUGCAGUUUGACUGCUUUCCCUUUAUCCGUCGUGGUUGUCUUGAACGCGCACUGGUAGAAGGCGUGGUCAGGAAGUGACAUGUCCGCGUCCUUAUACGGAGGACCCUCGCCUUUCUCCGGUGACUUGUAGGUUAAAUUAGUUUAUCUUUUUCGUCUCAAAGUUUCGUCAGUUUUUGCUGGGACAGCGCCCUGCGGAGCUCAGCAUGGGUACCGUCCAUGCCAGGAGCCUAGACCCUCUGCCCAUGCAUGGGCCAGAGUUAGGAGUUCAAGCUGACGACAUUGAUGCUCCGGAGAUGGACCAAGAGCCGAAACAAGAAGUUCUUGAAAAUAAAGAUGUUGUGGUUCAACAAGUGCAUAUAGACGGGCUUGGAAGAACCAAAGAGGACCUGCUGACUUAUGAAAUCUCAGAUGUUUUCCAGGCAAAGAACUUGAUUGAUGUUAUGCGAAAGUCCCAUGAAGCGCGACAGAAGCUUCUGCGUCUCGGGAUCUUCAGAAAAGUUGAAGUUGUUAUCGACACCUCACGAGGUACUAGGCCUAAAAUUACCCAAUGUAUUGGGUCGGGCAGAAAAACUGACAUUCCAGUUCUCCUAUGGUACCAAAGAGACAUCAUACGGUCUGUCUUUCUUCAAACCCCAACCAGGAAACUUUGAACGCAAUAUCACUUUGAAUGUCUACAAAGUCACAGGUCAGUUUCCAUGGAGUUCACUGCGGGAGACGGAUCGAGGCGUAUCUGCAGAACUGAGCUUUCCUGUGUGGAAGACCAGCCAAACUCUGAAGUGGGAAGGAGUAUGGAGAGAGCUUGGCUGUCUGGCCCGCACUGCCUCUUUUCCUAUACGGGAGGAGAGCGGCCAUUCUCUGAAGUCCUCACUCUCGCAUGGUAUGGUGAUUGACACCAGAAACUCCUCCAUCCUUCCCAGGAAGGGUGGUCUGUUGAAGAUCCAUCAGGAACUUGCUGGUUACACUGGGGGAGAUGCCAGUUUCUUAAAGGAAGACUUUGAGAUCCAGCUCAACAAAACACUCUUCUGGGACUCAGUCCUUUCUGCCUCAUUGUGGGGUGGUUUGCUUCUACCCAUUGGUGAUAAGCCGACAAGUAUAGCAGACAGGUUCUAUCUUGGUGGCCCCACCAGUAUCAGGGGUUUCAGUAUGUACAGUAUGGGCCCACAGAGUGAAGGUGACUACCUGGGGGGAGAAGCCUACUGGGCUGGAGGCCUCCACCUCUACACUCCUCUACCCUUCAGACCAGGCAUGGGAGGCUUUGGUGACCUCUUCCGAACCCACUUCUUCCUCAAUGCCGGGAACCUUUGUAACCUCAACUAUGGUGAGGGGCCACAAGCACAUUUGAAGAAACUGGCUGAAUGUAUACGUUGGUCAUAUGGACUGGGCAUUGUGCUGCGCUUGGGGAACAUUGCCAGGCUUGAGCUGAAUUACUGCAUUCCCAUGGGAGUCCAAAGUGGAGACAGGAUAUGUGACGGGGUCCAGUUUGGAGCGGGAAUCAGAUUCUUAUAAAACUGCAUUUCUUUCCUGACAGAUAAUUGCUUGUACAUAAUUGUUGCAACCAGUUUAGUUCAAUAAAACUAUUUGCACUGAC